AGUUCAAAAUCUGACGGGAACUCUGGAGCAAGUCUGGACAAAUUCGCCGUGAAUGUUUACAAACGAUACGCUUAAAUGGUACUUCAUUUCAACUCAUAUAUGAACAAUUUCACUUUCAAUUCUGAUGAAAUAGUUAAUUUGCUGAUGAUCUGUGAUAACAUUGGCAUUAUCUUUAGUGAAAGUGUAUUUACACUGAACACGUGAAUGGGAUUUCUGAAGAUCAUGCCACAGGUUGAAAUGUUCCCCUUGUAAACAACAGAUAUAUACUCUACGAAAGAGAGAAAGCUUGUGAUAAUAUGGAAACAGAGUCUUGUACCAGUGAAACUUUGGAUACCAGAUCAACUUUCACCCCUGUGCCCCACUUCGAUCUCAACAAUGUGACCCCGGACAAGAAAACUGACAGUCCUCACCGAGGAUGUCCUGUUCAAUUUUCCAAAACACAGGACUCCAACACUCCCAGCACAUCUCAAAGAAGUCCAGCCCAUGUCAGAUUUGGAACCUGUGGACUUCGUUCAGACACAUAUCUCCGGCAUGCACUGUCUAGUCCAUAUCAUAAGACUGCUUCCAUGAUGGCGGUUCAGACUGACUGCAGCAGCCCGCUCCUGUUCAAGACUCCGAUCAGAAACACUGGGUCCACUCCCAGCAGCAGCCGCGCCAAAACUCCCAGUGGUUCCAGGCUGCAUCCCGGAGUAACCAAUCACCUCACACCUCAGAGUCAUGUGAUCAGCAACCCCUUUGACAUGACAGGUGACCGUGUACAUUUCCCAGGAUUCAGUCCUGGUUUGUUUACUGUCAUGUCUACACCUGCAGGAGAAGAUGGAAAAACAUUCCGUUGGUCAAUAGAGCACAUUGCUGCCCUGAACCCUGCUAACAUCGAGGACAUGCCGGAACAGCAUGAUCACGGACUGGACCGAGAGGCGGAGGAGCGAGCACAGCAGGCCAUCUCUCACUACUUUGCCUCCCAACUCAUCGUCCCCUCCCCCUGGAACGCCCCAGAGAGGAAGUACAUCAGCCCUUGCACCCCAGUCACCCAGUCAGGAGCACACAGACCGAUGCAGAUAUUUCCGGAGGAUCUGCAAGGCUCCAUACAGAAGGAGCUGAACAAGCUCCGCAAAAGUCAGGAAGUGUCUUGUCAAACGACCUUGUCCCUGCCGGUGGACUUUGACAUGCAGAGUGUGCUGGGAGAGUACAUGAACGCUGAAGCGACCGAGGAGACUAAUCAGGAAGCUCUCAGCACAUCCUCGUUGCGACGGAAACUCUUCUUCCAAGGGGAAACAAGCACAGCUCUAAGUCCUGUCAAGAGUGAAACAAAGCUACUAGAACAGUUAUCCUCUCCACCAUCAUCACCUCUAGCGCAGACCACACCAGAAUGGGACAAACAGACGUACAGGACGUCAUCAUCGGGUCAGUUUUCCUCAAGCCCCAUCAAAGGUCCUUCUGAACCAUACUUCAGGAGAACAUCAUCCGAAGCUGACUUCCUGGCCUCACCAGAGUUAUCUCCCAUUAACAAAAAGCGCUCAAACAGAGGUGCCUUCUGUCGAUCAUCUGGAUGUGGAGUGCCAAAUGUGGAAGAAAGCUUUUCAUUUAACUGUAAUACCAAGCGACGGUUGUCUCCCUUGCCAAUGCCAGACAUGUCCCCAAUAGGCUGUGAUCCUGAUGACGAAUAUGACAUAAAGAGACAGUUAUCUCCCUUACCCAUGCCGGACAUGUCUCCGAUUAGUUGUGAUCCUAAGGACAGAGGUGAUGUGAGACAGAGAUUAUCUCCCUUACCCAUGCCGGACAUGUCUCCGAUUAGUUGUGAAUCUGGGGAGGGAAGUGGCUCACACCGGCAUCCAUCACCCCUGUCUGUGCCAAAUAUGUCACCGAUCUGCCAAAUAGCGAGAGAAACACUGGACGAGCAACAACAGUUGCCGGUGGCAGAUGUGUCUCCCAUCACAUUCAAUCCCACUUCUGAGGAAGGGGAUAAUCUGGGUGCUUCAUACUUGCCAGAACCCAGUUCCGAGCACCUAGCUGAUGAAUCGUCAACACCACAAGCAGAAGACUGCAGACAACUGAACAGAAUUCCCUCCCUUGGUGCUACAGAUCCUGCCACUAGAGGGCCAGUGAUGGCUUUCAGGAAAUCCAUUGCUAUGGAAACUGACUCAUCCAGUCAGGAUGGGUUCUACUUCCAAGUAGACAAUAAGACCUACACCUUCAACUAUGGUCAGGACAUCUCAAUUGACGACAUGGACACAACUAGCGACUAUGCACCCCAGCCUAGUUCAGCGAAUCAGGACACAGGAUACCAAACUGCAAGUCUCCAAAUGACCAAUCUCGAUACAGGACUUCAUACAAAUCUGACCAGUCAGUUUAGCUCUCUGCCUUUCAAAUCCGAGUCCAGUAUAGAUCAAAAUGAGUUGGAGGACAGUGUGACCUCUAAAGAUUGUCAACGUGUGUGUUCAGACUUCGACCAGCCCAGUGACAACGAUCUCUUACAAAGUGACUCAGGUCUGGCAGAGGACAGAGUGUUAGAACGUGCACGGAAGAUUUUAGCUCGCACCAGUAACCAGUGUCCAACUCAAACAUGUGAACUAGACAACAGUAUUAGCCAAUCAGCAUCGCUUCCAAUCCAGCCAAUCAGCUCCUCGACACCAACAAAACGAUGCAGACGGCGAAUAGAGAGAAAAAUCGCUGUCAUAGAUAAGCCAUCCAAAGGGAAUUGUCAGCUUGCCAGUGACGUGGCAACAGAGCUGUUGAAACGAGCAGGAGAAGACCUCGCGAAGUAUUGCCCUGAAGCCAAGCCCAUGUCUGCAUCAUGACGAUAUGUCAGUCAUUAGCCACGACAUGAUCAGAUGGGACACAUUUUGUCUGUCUGUUUGUCAUGUCUCUCACUCACUCACUCACUUUGGACUCAAUUUUCUCGAUGACCCCCACACAUUGUUUUAAGUCUGGAAUCUCCUCAGCACAUGAGUGCUAAAACAUAUAGCCAUAUUAUUUAUACCAAAUCAUUGCAACAGAGCUCCAGAUAACUUUUGGAGCAAUUGAGUUUAUACUCCAGGGUUUCUAUUGUAAUUGGGUUAUUACAUUUUUCAUUGGGUAACCAAUAUUUUUUCACUUAUCUAUUCAUCACUCUGUUGGAUUUUCCCCAAAAUUAGUAAACAUUUUAAGAUUUGAAAAAAAAUGAAAUAAUGUUUUAGAUGUACAUAACUGUUCGAAAUAAAUAGGCUUGACGCGUAGAGUAAAUUAGCUUGUAAUUGUGUGUACGCAUGCUGAAAAAGGUUCAUUGGGAAUGUACACAAGCUAUUUUUAUACAUUUGAGUUUUUCAUUUAAUGCAUGCGUUUCGGUACGCAAGUUAAUUGAACGUAAUUGGGUUUUGGAUAUUAUUUUUAGGGGGAGAGUGGGGGGUAAUUUACGCAAAUACGCUGCUUAUCUGUAGCUCUGUUGCAAAUGCCAAACCUGUUUUCGAAGUCAGUCUGUGAUAGGGCAUUAACAUGAUUAAGAUAACUUUGUUAGCUGUAGAGGUAACAAUGUUGAACUAACAAGUUAAUUAUAACAUAAAUGCAUUAGAAUUUACAACUCCAUACCUCAAUGCAUUUAUGAUCUCAUCACCCCUUCAAUGUGUAAAUGGAUUCACCCAUACUAUGUAUGGGAUGGUCCAAGUAAGACCUGAAGGGGAUAAUCAACUCAUAUCAGUGAUUGGUUGGUUAUCAAGACCCAUCUAAUUUAUUACCCAGUGGAUUUUUUCACUUUUGUUUAGUCAUUGUAUCUGUUUUGUGAUAGGCUCCUGAACAUUAGACCACACUAUUCUUAUUUUAAGGUGUACAGACUUUUCCAGUUUUGCUGUGGUCAGACGAAAUGAAAACAUAUCUGAAUCUUUUUAGCACAUUUUUUUUUUUUAAUUGGCAUAAUUUGUUUGGUUUAGCAUGUUAAGUGGGCCAAAACAUAAAUGGUAAAAUUGCUUUAAGUGCAGGAUGUUUCGUAUUGUGUUUGUAACAUACAUAUACAUAUACUAACUUCUGAGGGGAUUUUAAAAGAUUACAAUGUCCAGAGACAACAGACAGUGCAUUUGAUAAAUUUUUAUAUGAAAAGUUUAUAUGAUUUUUGAAGGUGUAUCAUGUUAUUUUUCUUAGCCAUCAGAGCUAUACUGAAAAAGAAAAGUUAGGGAUCAUGAGUAUUUUGAGGGAUAUUUUUUAUGAAAUUGUGUGAUCAGUCUACUCUACAAAAGACUAUUUUGUUCAGUAUAUAUUUCAAUUAUUAGUUUUUCUUUCUGGUUUUGGACCUGUCACUCAAUACCGUAAACACUAAAAUAUCAUAAGUUCUGUGUAAUGCACCCUACUUGAAGGUAUAUUUAACAAAAGAGUUUAAACAAUUAUUUAUCAGAACCCUUAAUUUUCAAGUGUUACUGUUGUGGUGUCAGAGUGGUGAUAAACACUUACCUACCGUUUGUGGUUUAAACUGUUUGUGGUUUAAACUGUUUGUGGUUUAAACUGUUUGUGGUUUAAACUGUUUGUGGUUUGUGUUGGGCAAAUUUAGGAUACACGGUACUCUUGCAGCACUAAUUGAAGCUGUAUUGAAGAGACUCUUGGCAAGGGUCAACGGUAGUAGGGUCAAUUUUUAUAUUGUGUUCUCGCUCCGAUUGUUGAGUGAAGAAUAGGAUUGGAAGAAUUUACAGUCUCCAUUUCCACGUUUUGUUUUGUUCGGGUAGAUGUGAUAGCACCUUUGAUGCAGAUCUAUGUCAUCCAUUGUGUUCACAAUGGAACAGUUUUUCAUGAUGGGUUCUUUUUAAUUCAUGAUUAAGAUUCUACCGAGAAGUCGUACAUACAUGAUCACCAGGGUUUGAGAUUUAUUUUUAAAAUAUUAAUUUCAUGUCGACAGUUUUAAUUCAUAAGAAUAAGUCUGUGUUCUAUUCACUGAAACAGAAUGGCAUUUUUCAUGAUUUUUAAAUGUGCAGGGGUGGAAAAAUAUGGUUGCCUGAUGUUAGUCACUGAAUGUCUAUUUCAAUAUGUCAGUGAUUUUGUGUUCAUUUUCUUUUUGAAUAAUGUUGAUAAUAUUGAGACCAAAGCAGGGAGAAUUUAUUCGGUUUACCGUCAACUUUGACCUUUAACAAAAAAUUGUUUUUAAAAAUCAAUUGUGCAGUAUAUCAGGUAUAUAAUAUAUUUUGGACAGUAAAUAUCUUGAAAAUAUUGCUCAGUCAAACAACUUCACCAUGCUGACUACACUACAACGUAGUCUUGUGUAUUUAUUCCGUAUUUAUUGGAUGCUAGACUGCCGCAAGUCUCAUUAAGUUAGACAAUGUAUUCAGUAGCAUGGCACAGGACCCUAGCACGCUAGCAUCAUAGAUCACACAUGAUGGAGUAAGGUAUACUUCAUUUAAUUCUUGAAAAAUAGGUCUUUCUCUAAGAACACACACCCUUACUUUGAAGGACAAGUUUGUCAUCUGUUUGCAUACGAUGUGUGACUUUCAUCAGAGAUGGUGUUUCAGCGUAAUAUGUCGAGAGGUGCUUUCUUCUUAUUUUUAACAUAUUGUUCACAUUUAAACAUCACAUGGUUUUCAUCUUCAAUAUAUUUACAGUUUUUUAUGAAAUAGAAAUCAUAGAAUUGUUCCUUAUGAGGAUUGUAACUGUUGUCUUCCAAGCUUCACAUUUAAACGGAAAUUAUUACAUCUGUACUUGGAGAUAUAUAGCUUAAUGUCCUGUGGAAUUUAUUCAUAUCUUUUCGAUAUCUCUCAAGUUUUAAUUUCCAUGUGUCAUCAGAUUCUCUGAUAUUUUCACCCCCGGUGUAAGAUUCUUUUAUGUAAAUCUUUUAACAUGGGAAGCGAAUUUGUUUAUCAAAUUCAGCAUUACUGAAAAUCAUCAAUAUAAAUUAUAAGAAAGAUGAGGAUUUUUCAUGUACUCAAAUUUUAUUACAAAAGGGUUUAAAAAUAAAAAAAAUGAAGUAAAUGAACAUUUUACAUUCACAUUAGUUUAUAUUUUUAGAACAGACAUUUCACCCAAAAUGUUCCCAAACAGUAACAGAUAUGUAUUUUAAUAAUCCAUGGCUGGCUGUAUCAGUGGUGUAGGACCUGUUCCACCUGUCUCCGUCACACAUUCAACCAUAUUUGUAAUUGUAACAAUGGUUGGUGUAGCAUAGAUUGUACUUCAAGUGCUCAGUAAAUCCAUGGAACUGUGGGUUCCAUCCCUUGGGUGUAUUUUAAUUUGUCUGAAGGACAAGUUUCAUUGACCAUGAAGAAAACAUUAUCAUUUCUAUCAAUGAAUAUACAACAUCAUGUGUAUCAUUAUUAGUAUUGUCAUUAGAAGAUGGCAUUUCGUCCAUUUUAUGCUAAUUUGAGUGAGAGUUGAUAUAUUUAUCUUUUGUGUAUUAUGACCAGAAUUGUAAUUUUUUGUCAUUUUAUUUGUAAUAUAUUUUGAAAGA